UUAUAUCCUUCAAAAACUGCACAAACUGACAUAACAGGGUUCUAUUAUUUCAGCCUCCACCACAUUAGAUAUGUUGCUACACUUUUUUUUUUUUUUCUUUAGCUAAGCAAAUGCUACAGUUCUGGAGUUAAUGAAAUACCUAUUUGUCCAUUCCUUCAGAUGGUUGUGCUUGCAUAACCACUUUUUGCUUUUCUUUAUUUUUUUAAUUUUAUUUAUUGUGUUUAUUUUCAGCUUUGCUGAAAAGGCCUUUAAAGCAGUUUGUUAGCUAUUCUCAGGGAAUAUUUGUAGUACAUCUUGCUUCAGUUCUGCAGUACCUGCUGUCCCGAUCUGUCACAGAUGCCACUUGCAAAGCAUGAUACUGUAGUCUGUGACCUAAAGCAAAUAAUUAGCAAUCUGUAUGCAAGAUCAUCUCGCCAAAGAAUAACUCCUGCAGUGGGAGGUUGUUACAUCUGUUCAUGUGCAGACAGACUGGAAUGUAUUUUUUUUUUUUUUUUUUUUUACAAAAUAAUUCUUCAUUAUGUUCUUUACUCUUUUUCUUAGACAAGAACAAGUCUGUGUCUAGAAGAAUCUGUAUGGAGCACACUUCCUACAAGAUCUGUUUACCUGCCUGAAUAUUAACAAUAAGUACUUCCUGAUGACUCAGGCACAAAGAACACUGCUUUGGAGCUGGAAAGUUUUAUAUUCUUGACAGUUAAAGAAGAACCUAUUUUUUUUUUUGCAACUGGAACAUGCCUCAAAAAAUAUCUUGAAAACUGAAAAUAAUAUGCCAAAAUUGACAACAUUAACUGUUUUUACUUCUUGUAAGUCAAUUCACUGCACUCUUAGAAUUGUCAAGAGUUAUUUGUACAUGCAUUUAUGUGCACUAUGAAGUGAAAAAAAUGCAUGGAUGAGUUAAGGGCAGAGAUGUGCUUCUGUAACUAUGGCUAUACAUACUCAGCAAUUUAAUUAUUAAAUUGAAUGAUUAAGAAAUUGAAGGUUGAUGUGAGAAACCAAGUUUUGGGUGUGUUCAAAAUUUACACAACCAUUUACUAUUUGCAUUAUUACUGUAGCACCAGACCAUUAAUUGUGAAUUGUGAAUAGUAAAACAGAAUCCUUGUAUCUAUUGAAAGAAAACUAGCAAAAAAUUGUACCAGGGAAGCCUUAAUUUCAAAGCAAGUGAAUAAUUACCUUCAGAAUUUAAAUAGUUUAGAACAGAUACAUAUUAUAAUCAUCUGAUAAACACUGAAAGACUGUGUCCCUCAUUCUUGAUGGUGGUGGUCAUAGGGAUGAUAAUUUUGUCUUCUUUUUCUGGGCUUUUUAUGCCAGACAAGCUUUCAAGAGAAAAAAACAAGGUUGUUUCCAUUAUGUUUUCAGUUUUGUAUUAAAGAAUUAAUUCUAGCAAAACAGUGUUAUGGCAGGAUAGAAUGUAAAAGAAUUCUAGAUGCCAGAAUCUGCAAAAGAUUCCAAGUGUCUUUGGUUCUCUUGAAUUCUUAAGACACAGUGUAGCUAUGACAUAUGAAAGAGCAGCUUAGCAGUAUACCACCUUUUGGCCAUUAUCCUCUGGAAUUCAACAUCCUGGCAGUUGGGAGAGACACAUUUUCCAGAAGUCUCCAGUUUGCUCUUGGAUCUUUGAAGUCUCUAUGUGGCAGCACAGGGCUACUGAUAAGUGGCUUUGUAUCAGCAUCUCCAGAAUCAAAGCAACUGUUUACGGCUUUUUAGGGCUUCUAGCCACUGCACAGCAUGAAUGAAGGGGGCUGUGAGCUUGUUUCCCCCAUAUCUCAAGCUGAUGUACAUUUGGUGUGCUCUCCCUUGCAGCAAUAAUGGUGCUUGCGUGACUGCAUGAGUUAAUUCAGGGAGUUCAUUAUGGUGAAAGUUGUAGGAGAACAGGUUGUAAGGAUAGUGCAGAAGACAAUCUUUCCCAAUGAAUUACAGCUGUAUUGAUUACCUAGGAGUGGAAACAGCCUUGCCUGCCCAAUGAGGAUGGGUGUUAUAAAAGAGUGGGCCAGCUAGUCAAGAGUUACAGUUGUAGUUACAGUCUCCUGGCUGUGUUGUAAGUACAAAGGGUGACAAGGUAAGAAGAUGUUGUGUGAGGGACAGACAGGGUUAGGUGGCUGGGUAAGGGACAGCUUGGGGUUAGCCAGUCAUGGAGAAGGAAGAAAGAAACUUGCAGAGAGGAGAAGAGUCAGUGCUGUGUGGAGUUGCCUGAGAGAAGGUAUGAAAAAUUUUUACUAGGACACUGGUGAUAGUGCCAGUUGUCUGUCUCAGCAUAAUUACUACAGAAGAUGAUCUUUACCAAAUAUAUAAUUACUUUUUCAGACAAGUCAGUUCCCUGACUGAUGAGGCCCUUGAGCCUAUCAGGGGAACCUCUAGGGGAAUGCCCUGGAAAAGUCUGGCACAGGCUUCAGGAAUGCCUCACUAUCUGAAAUGAGACAAAAAGGCUUCCUUCGUGGUCCCCUGCAGCACUGUGUUAAUCUAUCCCCACUCCCAAUAGAUGCUGCCCUUUGUCCUGCCCUUGUACCACCCUGUUCCCUCAGACCAUCGGCCCCCUGACCCCAUACUUAACCCAAGACACUGCAGUGAUUAUUUUUGUCCCUGGAUUCCUUCAGUGUGGUUUGGCAAUAAACCUUGCUGGAACUCUAUACAGGAUACCCUUUUCAUCUUUCUUCCACCACUGACUUUCAUACCACUGACUUAUCUGUGGUGUGUGUAACUGAAUUUAGUGACUGUCUGUACCUGUCCAAAUAGCUUUCUUGGAACACACUAUGCGAGGUAGCACCAUUCACCAUCCAGUUCCACACUGCUACACCUGACUGAAUGUGGUAUGUGUCUGCAGAAGCUUUAAGUUGGACAUGAGCAAGGGGUAGAAAUCUCUGGCGAAACCACAGGGCUACAAAUUAAGGGUUUGAAUGUUCUACUCCCACAAAAAUGAAAUGUGUAAGAGUCUCCCUCCAAGCUGAACAGAAGUCUAUUUAAGGUAGCAACAAAAACAUGGAAGAGACUAAUGCUUGAAAGCCACAGUCCUAGGAGACUAUUAGUCCCUUAAUCCCUCUCACUUUUCUCUCUUGUAGGCUUUCACAUUAAGUUAGAACAAAUUAUGCUGCUGAGAGCAACAGGUCAAUGAAUGCAUGUAAAAUAAGAAAUGGAGAUUAGGUCUCGUUCUGGAAAUACAGAGAAAAAUAUAUUUAAUGUUCUCUUUUCCUUUAGAUGGAGAAAACUGGAAAAAAAUCCUCUACAGUAAUGUAAGCAAAGGACUAUAUACAUUAAAAGGAGGCUAUCAAAAGGGUUAUAUACUUGCAGGUGGCAUGUGAUGGUUUAAUAUGACCUGAAGCCAUCCCUCAAUUUCUUUUCAAAGAGGUGUUUCAUGACUGGGACAAAUAACUGAAUAUAGGGUAAAAGGAGCCAUAAGGGCAGAUUUACCACAACAGGGGGAAAAAAAAAAAAAAAAAAAAAAAAAGCAAACAACCCUAUGAUACCUCUGCUGUGUUCCUGGAUCACUUUUUAUACUGACCAUAGUUCUGACUCCUUUCUCAAGCUUGAAGAGGCAUUCUACUUUUGUAUGCAACCAAACGAUAGGAAAAAGGCGAGAUUUUAUAGCUUAAGCAACAAACUGAACUACACAGGAAAAUCCACAGGAGGAUCCACUGCAACCAGCAUUAAAAGAGGUUUAGGAAGGAAGAGCCUUUCUCAGAAAGCUAUCUGCAAGGGCUCUUCCUUUAGCUUGCUAAGCGGCAUAAAAAGUCAAAACCACUACCAUGCACCACAGUGCUACUACACAGGUCUUUCUGAAUACAUAUGACAGAACAAUCUAAAUGCUCUUCAUUGAGGAGGGACAUGAUGGCUUGCUAGGAUUACUCAAGGUUCUGUAAGAAGGAAAAAGAAAGCAGCUUUAAGGUAAAAGUCCUGUGCAUAAAUUGACGUGGAAACGUGGCCAUACAAGAGCCGUGCUUCAGGAGUCUUUUAAGAGGUGGAACUAGAAGGAAGGAAACCACCUCGUUACUUGUAACCUCACCAAGCAGCUCAUUUGCAGGGGGCAUUAUCCUCUCGUUCUACUCGCGCGAGGCGAGCCGGACGCGGCCGUGCCGAGCUGUGCUGGGCCGGGAUGGAGGGAGGAGGUGGAGGCAGGGGAGGAGGGGAUGCUGCGAUUGGAAGGCCAGAAGGCGCGGGACGCUGGCUGCUGCGGCGGCCAGGCGGUGUUGCCGCGAGCCGGUUUCAGCGAGCCAGCCGGGAUUCUGCGUGCCUGGCUGCGCCUUAGCCCGGGGAUGCUCCGGGGGCGGGGCGGGUCGGCUUCUUCUCGGGCUCCUCCCGCUGCCCCGGCGCCUCGGCCACGUCUGAAAGCGGUUCAUUGUCUCUGGCGGCAGCUCGGGGCCGUGGCCGGAGGCGGCGACAAGACAACGGUGCUUUAAAGGAGAUGUUUCUGAGCGGGUCACAAACGCCCCUGCUUGUGGCGGCAGAGUAGCGGUAAUACCGGUUGCGGUGGAACCGACGUCGCACCGACAGAGCUUUUCUCAUUACCCUUCCUCGGUGAGAAUGGCAAGGAUUCGGAUUCCUAGCACAAUUGUUAUAAUUUUUGUUACAGUUCAGACUGGAUUCUUACUCUUCAUGUAUGCUCGGUACAGUAACUUCAUGCCUCAGUCUGAAGAGAAACCAUCGCAAGUCCACAUACUUAUUCUCUCCUCUUGGCGUUCGGGAUCUUCUUUUGUUGGUCAACUUUUCAGCCAGCAUCCCAGCGUUUUCUACCUGAUGGAACCUGCAUGGCAUGUGUGGGUUACAAUGUACCAGAACAGUGCCAAAGUUUUACACAUGGCAGUGCGGGACUUAGUCAGGUCGGUCUUUCUGUGUGACAUGUCUGUGUUUGAUGCUUACAUGCCUUGGAGAAGAAACUUAUCCGAUCUUUUCCAGUGGGCGGCAAGUCGGGCUCUGUGUUCAGCUCCUGCUUGUGACUCUUUUCAACGUACUGACAUAACCAGUGAAUUGGCAUGCAAGACUCUUUGUGGACGGUAUCCAUUCAGCAAGGUGGAGGAAGCCUGUAAAACUUACAGCCAUGUUGCCAUCAAGGAAGUUCGGUUCUUUGACUUGAAGGUCCUAUACCCCCUUCUCACUGAUCCAUCCCUGAACCUCAAAAUUAUUCACCUGGUCCGUGACCCUAGGGCAGUCGUUAAGUCACGGGAACAAUCGGUCAAAGCAUUAUCCCGUGACAAUGGAAUUGUCUUGAGUACUAAUGGCACUAAAGUGGAAGAUAGCAAAUACAAAGUAAUGCAAGAGGUAUGUAGAAGUCAUGUUCAGAUUUAUGAAACAGCUAUUCUAAAACCACCUAAUUUCCUGAAAGAUCGGUAUUUAAUGGUCCGUUUUGAAGAUCUGGUAAGAGAUCCAUUAUUAGAAAUCUCAGAAAUGUAUAAAUUUGCAGAUCUUAGUUUGACUCCCAGGCUUAAAAGCUGGAUCUAUAAUAUCACACAUGGACAGGGACCAGGAAAAAAAAAAGAAGCCUUCAAAAUAACAUCUCGAGAUGCAGUCAGUGUUUCACAGGCCUGGAGAAAUGUUCUUUCCUUUCAGAAAGUUAAGAAAAUACAGGAAGUUUGCAAAGGUGCUAUAAACAUUCUUGGUUAUCAGCUGGUGGAUUCAGAAAAAGAACAAAGAGAUCUGACAUUGGAUUUGGUGUUGCCAAGACGACAAAAUCAAUUCAGUUGGUCAUCAUUUAAUCCAAAGCACUAAGACAUUUUUGAGAGAUCUGGGGAGGUGCAGCAGGGUAGUUGUUUGGGUAUUUCUGUACUGUGCAGCAUAUAGUAGUUGGAAAACCCUUGGCUGAUGACUUUAUCUUUUUGUCUACUUCUUUUCUUUUAAUGUAAGUUUUUUUUAUGAGUUUUUUACAUAAAAAAGAUAGUAAGAUACUUGUCAGCACAAUUACUGUGCUGCUCACAGCAUUGUUUUAGGAUUAUAAUUGAAGCGUUUUCUAUUAAAAAAUGGAUUCUCAAAGAUGUCUUUGUUUAUUGAUAAUAGUUCACUUCUUUUUCUCAUGCUUUAAUUAUUUAAUGAUCACAGUUCUUUAUUUGUAUAUAUGGAACAAAAUAGAUACUAAAUUCCUUCACUUGACUUUCUUCUUUAAAGCUGUUGUGCAGUUGUUUUUGUUGCUUUGUUUUUUUUUUUGUUUUUUUUUUGAAACAUUUGUUGUUUUAUAUUUUAACAUAUAAGUUUUCCAAUAGGUGGGGCAACUGUAGCAGUUGUGUUGUAAAAGGCUUAAACAGCGACUUCAUUUAUUGAUUGAUUUCAUAGUGGUUUCCUUGGAAUGGCAAUGCUUACAAUCAGAUACUUGAAUGUGAGGUUUGCUUGGAGUGCAAAAACCAAAGGAUGUGAAGAAACGUUCAGGGGAAUCACAGUGGAAAUAGCGUUUUAAUGCUCUUCCUCUUGUGCUGUAAUACUGUGACACAGAAUAAAUACAUACUUGCUCCUGCCACGCUA